AUGUCUACAGCAGCUAAAAGACGUCUGAUUAGGGAUUUCAAGAGACUCGCUUCCGAUCCUCCUAUAGGUAUAUCAGGAAGCCCAAAUCCUGACAAUAUCAUGAUUUGGAAUGCAGUCAUCUUUGGUCCUCCCGACACACCAUUCGAAGAUGGAUCAUUUCGCCUAACAUUGACAUUUUCCGACUCAUAUCCCAAUAAACCACCAACAGUCAGAUUCGUUUCAAAGAUGUUCCAUCCCAACAUAUAUGCCAAUGGAGAAUUAUGUUUGGAUAUCUUACAGAAUCGUUGGAGUCCAACUUACGAUGUUGCUGCCAUCUUGACCAGUGUACAGAGUUUAUUGAAUGAUCCUAAUCCUGCAAGUCCCGCCAAUGUGGAUGCUGCUCAGUUAUUCAAGGAGAACCUCAAAGAAUAUGAAAGAAGAGUAAAGCAAACGGUCGAACAAUCAUGGCUUGAUAAUCCCGAUGAGAUAGAAUCUGAACCUACAGCAAGUACAUCAGUCCAAGCUGUUCCUGCCUAG